GGAAGUGGUGCGGAGAUGGUGGGAUUAUUAUUGUUCGAGAUGCUGUGGGUGGUACUCGCGUGUGUGGUGAGCAGGGUGGCUGCCGAUGUGGUCUCCCCGUGGUGGAACAAUGCUGUGUAUUAUAGGAUGCUGGUGGAUAGCUUUAGAGAUGGAGACGGCGAUGGCUUGGGGGACCUAAGUGGCGCCAUAAAACAACUAAGUUACAUCCGAGCUCUGGGUGCUGAUGCUGUCAUCCUAUCCCCCAUCUUCGCGAAGAGUAAGGAGUGCACCAAACCUGGGACUAUGGACUUCAUGGAGAUAGACCAGCGAUAUGGAACCAUGGAGAAUUUCAAUGCACUGCUGGAAAAGGCUAAGAAAUUAGAGCUGAAAGUGGUGGUGACGCUGCCACUUCAGACUGUCAGCACGGCUUCUGAGUGGUUCACUUCGAGCGCUGACCGGGUCCCGGGAUACGAACACAGGAUCGUGUGGAAAGAUGGCACUGUUGUUUCACCACCGCCACCUGAACUAGGAAUACAAAAAUGGACGUACCACGCCACUCGCAACACCUUCUUCGGCAACGUGAACAAUGAGGCAGUGAUAAACCUCUGCUGCGAGAGUGUGGCAGCAGCCUUCUCCGCAGCCCAGUGCGCCUGGCUCAAGCGAGGAGUGGCUGGAGUACUCCUCAACCCUGACUUCCCAAGGGACCUGGCUUGUGGAGAACAGCUGCUUAAGAAACUGGUGGCCGAUGCUAUGAGUUGUGCGCGUGCUGGCAAUUUGGAGACCCCACUUAUCCUGGUGGAAUCCUCUUUGAAGCCAGAGCAGGCUGCCAGGUACUACGGUGAAGGCGGAGUAGGAGCCAAUAGCAUCAUCAGCAAAGCUCUGACGUACCCAUCCAGGUCUACUAACGAGAUGGUGGUGGGCUUCAUCGCUUCUGUGGUCACCACACCCAUGGAUACUAUGCCUACUUGGACAACAAGUGCUCCCAACGAAAGUCGUACAGCGUCCCGAUAUGGCAGCGAAAUGGUGGACUCUGUGAACCUCCUUGCUCUGAACCUGCCAGGGUCCGCCAUCAUCUACCAAGGAGAUGAACUGGCAGCUGCAGACACCAUCUUAGCGUGGAACUCGGGAAACACUUGCUGGCCUAACCAGCCUGUACCAUGGGCCGCUCCCUUCCCAUGGGAUGAUUCUCCAACAGCUGGGUUUACCAAGGGAGAGCCAUGGUUACCACUAGCUCCGAACUUUAGAUAUGCAAAUGCUAAGACAGAGUUUUCAAAUGAACUUAGCCAUGUUGGUGUUAUGAGGAUCGCUGCUGCGCUGAGGAAAUCACCAGCUUUUGGACCUCAUGUAGAGAUAAAACGUCAGAACGGGGCCGUGUUGGUGCUGAGGUGGGGUUCCGUCGGAUCCCUGCUCCUCAUUUCGAACUUGGCUAAGGAACCUACUGAAGUAGACCCGUCUUUUAUACCAGGGGUCCCUAAUCAGAUGACUGUGGCCACUACAUCUACUGGGUCUAACUUCGCCAUUGCCACUCAUUUGGCGACAGAUAAAACGAUGAAGCUUGCUCCAGGACAGACAGUCUUACUGGCAGGAGGGCCUAGGCAUUGUGGAGGACCUGGACCAGUUGACAAAAUUGCCAGCAAGCUCUCGGAAGGCUGGCAGAAGAUCAACAAGUACUUCAGUAGCUAGUUUAUUAUUUCUAAGUUUAUCUUAGAUACCGUGUACUUAAUGCUAUUAUUGCCAAAAAGGUUUUAUUUUAUCCUUUUGAGGUGGUACCUUUACAAUGUUGUUUAUACUUUUAAUAAUAGUACUAAAUUGUGCUGAUUGACUUUUGAUUGUGAUAAUAAUGGUUGACCUUUGAUUGAUAAUGUUAUGUUUAUCGUAACUUGUUGUGUGUUGUCACUAUUAAACCUGUUUUUAUUAAAACUGUUUCUGCAACAAGUGGAUCAUAAUUGUGUGGGAUUUUGUUAUCAAAUAAACCUUUUAAUUAUAAGUUGAAUGAAUGGUACUAUAUAA